CCUCCGGGGCCGUAGUUCCCUGACUGCUUUUCUCGAGAAGCCAGACCGCGGGCAGGCGAGCCGUCGGUGGUCGGGGGUCGGCCCUCACCUGCCUGCGGCUAGCUCUGUUGCUUCGGCUCUGGGCGCGCAGCCGGCGCCUGGCCUCAGUCCGGGGCUGCCAGCUGCCGUAGUCGCCCCGGGGAAGGACGCGGUGCCCGUGGAGUCCCGCUGCCCCCAGCGGCGGGGGCCAAGGCGGCCGGCGCAAUGAGCAGCAUCGAGAUCCCGGCGGGGCUCACGGAGCUGCUGCAGAGCUUCACGGUGGAGGUGCUGAGGCACCAGCCCGGGGACCUGCUGGAGUUCGCCCUGCAGCACUUCACCCGCCUUCAGCAGGAGAACCGGCAUAAGGGAGGCCCUGGCGCUGGGGACCUAGCUGGAGCCACUGGGGGCGGCACCCCCAGCCGGGGGGUCAACUUUGCGGAAGAGCCAGUGCAAACCGAGCCCGAGAACGGGGAGGAGGAGGACGAAGAGGAGGAAUCCGGGGACACAGGAGCAUUCAAUGCUCCUGUGAUAAACCGGUUUACUAGACGUGCAUCAGUAUGUGCAGAAGCUUACAAUCCAGAUGAAGAAGAAGAUGAUGCAGAAUCCAGGAUUAUACACCCGAAGACAGAUGAUCAAAGAAAUAGGUUGCAGGAGGCUUGCAAAGACAUCCUUCUUUUUAAGAACCUAGAUCCGGAGCAAAUGUCUCAAGUACUGGAUGCCAUGUUUGAAAAGCUGGUAAAAGAGGGAGAGCAUGUAAUUGAUCAAGGGGAUGAUGGUGACAACUUUUAUGUAAUUGACAGGGGCACCUAUGAUAUUUAUGUAAAGUGUGAUGGUGUUGGAAGGUGUGUUGGUAACUAUGAUAAUCGUGGAAGCUUUGGUGAAUUGGCCUUAAUGUACAAUACACCCAGAGCAGCUACAAUCACUGCUACCUCUCCUGGUGCUCUUUGGGGUUUGGACAGGGUAACCUUCCGGAGGAUAAUUGUAAAAAACAAUGCCAAAAAAAGAAAAAUGUAUGAAAGUUUUAUCGAGUCACUACCAUUUCUUAAAUCUCUAGAAGUCGCAGAACGUCUGAAAGUGGUUGAUGUGAUAGGCACCAAAGUAUACAAAGAUGGAGAACAGAUUAUCGCUCAGGGAGAUUCAGCUGAUUCUUUUUUCAUUAUAGAAUCUGGAGAAGUGAAAAUAUCUAUGAAAAGGAAGAAUAAACAGGAAGUCGAAGAGAAUGGUGCCAUUGAAAUUGCCCGAUAUUCCAGAGGGCAAUAUUUUGGAGAACUCGCCCUGGUAACAAACAAGCCCCGAGCAGCUUCAGCUCAUGCCAUUGGAACUGUCAAAUGUUUAGCCAUGGACGUACAAGCAUUUGAAAGGCUUUUGGGACCCUGCAUGGAAAUUAUGAAAAGGAACAUUGCAAACUAUGAAGAACAGUUAGUUGCUUUAUUUGGAACAAAUAUGGACAUUGUUGAUUCCACAGCAUGAAGGACAAAUAUCAUUUGACAGGAGCUAAUAUCACAGAACAGCACAGUAGUGAUUGUCCACUGAAAACGUGUCUAUAUUUGUUGUAGAUGUCGAGCAUUUCCUAUGAUUUCAAAUUUUAUUUUGCUUUUUUUACAUAACACUAUAAUGUAUGAGUAAACAAAAUAGUGAUUUCAUAGAUAAUAGAUUUUAUCUACAAUUCGGAAAGAAUGGAUUUUAAGAAAUCAUUAUGUUGGUUAAAUUAGUUUCUACUCUACAAAAUUAUUAAGAUUUGCUGAAAAGUUUGUUAUAAUGAUUGUGGCAUCUUAGAAAUAUUAGUGCAUACAAAGUUAGUAAAAUAUUCAUAGUUCUGGGGAUAUAAAAAUGGGUUCAUUCUGGUGGAUUCAAAUUAUUAUGGCUAAGUCAAAAAGAAACUCGGAAGCUGAAAUAGUUGUAAAGCAUGACAUUACAUUCUUUCUAAAAAGUC